CGUACUUGAAUUUUUAGUCAUUGCCCAUUGCUUUGUUGGUACUCUCCUCUCAUAUGAGAUGAAAUAUCCAAUGAAAUGAUCAGUUCCAUAAACUUUAUGACAUUAUGUUCAAUUUGGUUGUAUAUAAAUGAUAUAUUUAUUAUUUUACUCAUAUGAUAAAAUUUAAAAUACAUAUCAAGUAAUUGAUAUAUAUCGGAAUUGGUUUUUUUAUUCGCUUAUUCGUCUAUGACAAAUUGGGAUUACUACCGUCAAGGGAUUAACGACAAGUAUAGUAUGGUGGACUUUUAAUUUAAAAAUUAAAUAUUGGAUUCGAUUUUUUAUUUGAGUUUCAGAGACUGGAGAUAAUGGCUAGUCCACGAACUCGAAGAAUCCUAAGUGGGCUUAAGCCAAAAGAUGAGAACAAUAAAUGCUUUGAAUGUGGAACUCACAAUCCUCAAUGGGUUUCUGUCACAUAUGGUAUAUGGAUUUGUCUAGAAUGUUCAGGCAAACACAGAGGACUUGGUGUUCAUUUGUCAUUUGUCAGAUCCAUUUCCAUGGAUAAGUGGAAAGACUCAGAGUUAGAAAAAAUGAGAAUUGGUGGAAACAAGAAUGCUCGUGAAUUUUUUGAAUCACAACCGGAUUGGAACGAUAAUAUGUCAAUAACACAAAAGUAUAAUACUAAAGCAGCAGCAUUAUAUAGAGAUAAGGUUGCAACAUUGGCACGUGGAGAAAGCUGGAAUCCAACUACCUCCACAGCUAAGGAUUUUCAAUCUUCAAUGUGUUCAGAAAAUCAACAAGAGUAUUCCUCAUAUCAAAGUGAUACAUUAAAUUCUUAUCAAAAUUUUAAUUCAAAUAGUUGUAAGUCUCAGACAGAAGCCUUUUUUGCAAGAAAACAAAAUGAAAAUGCUAAUCGUCCAGAUCAAGGUGGUAAAUAUGGAGGGUUUGGUUAUCAAAUGAAUCCACCACCCAGGAGUUCAUCGCAAGAAUUUUUUGACAGUGCAGUAUCCUCUUUAGCAAGUGGCUGGUCAAUACUUUCUUCAUCAGCAUCAAAAAUAGCAAGUAAAGCUACAGAAAAUGCCAUUAGAACUGGAGAGUUAGCCAUACAAAAGGUACGCGAUGGUACUUUUUGGGAAGAAGUUGGAACUCAAGCUAAUAGUAUAGCUGCUAAGGUUGGAGAUUUAGGGAGAAGAGGAUGGGGUGAUAUUGGAGGAACAAAUUCAGUUGAACAGAAUCAAUAUAGCUCAAAGGAACAUUAUCAAAGUUCUUCCACUACUUAUCAAAAUAGUGAUAUAACCCAGCACCAUUCUACUGAAAAAACAUCUUUAAUGAAAACAUCGCAGUCCAAAACCAAUGUAUCAACUGCAAAUUCUUCCAAUUGUGAAUGGGAUUGGGGUAAUGAGACAAAACAAACUAACCAAAUAACAGAUCCUAAACCAGUUGCAAGAAAAUCAAAAGAUAAAGACGAAGUAUUAAUCAACUUUAGUACGGACCAUUAUGCAUCUAACUGGGAUUCAAAACUUGAAGAUGAUGCAUGGGAAAUAUUAAAAAAUUAAUUAUUAUUUAUUAAUUAGGAAAUUUUUAUCAAAGUUCAAAAUCUUCAAAUAUCUUGCCCAUCCUAAAGAUUUUGAACUUGUAUAAAGCAGUGUAACAGCAAUUAUUAAAAUGAAAUUAUUUUUAUUCUGUAUUUUACCUCUCUAAUGUUACGAAUAUAUGUAGAUACAUAUAAAAGAGUAAUCAUUUACGAUUAGUGUAUACGUGCAAGCGUGUAUACAUUGUACGCUUUAGAAAGCGUAAAUAAAUAUCACAUAUUGCAAGUUAAUGUA